GCGAGCCGGGGAGCGGGGCUGGGUGCGCAAGGCGGCCCCUUCCCGGUGUUUCCGACCAGCCCCUCUUGGUUUUCCAACUGGGAGGCUGUUGUAGCUGGGAAACUCCUUGGCCCCUUGUCAGAUCCGGAGUAGGCAAGAUUUGCCUUCAGACGCUGGUUUGAAUUCCCCAGCCUCCUCCAGAGCCUGACUUAUGUCAGAGGUCCUGGGGCCCUGGUUUGGGCUUCCACCUCGCCCCAGAGAAAAGCCUGGGGCUAGAGCUGUGCAUGGCCUGGGGUGCCGGGCCCCUCCCACCGAGACCUGGAGCUGGGAGCCCAGGCCUGGGGAAGAAGGAGAGCAAGCUGCUGAAGCUUUGCGCCUCAGACUUCCCAUCUGUGGAAUGGAGGAUGGAUCCCACGCAUUUCCUGGGGCUUGUUUCCAGAGUCAGUGACUCAUCCAAGCCCAUAAAGCCCGGUUUUCACUAGUCCUCAGAGCUAAGGCUCUAGGUGGUGUUGGCCCCAACCAUGCACAGGCUGUCUGGGGAGCCUGGUCCCUGCUCUGCAGCUGUGGAUGGAGCGGAGCCCAUAAAGCAGUGAUGUACCCAAGGGAUGUCCAGUGCCACUCAGGCAGGGUCACACUGAAUUCUCUCAACAGCCCUGGGGAGGCACCAUCACCCCAUUUCACAGUCAAGAAACUGAGGCCCCUGCACUGUCUCGUUGCCAGGACUGACAUUCGGCCCUCCAGCUCUACCCAGAGAGAAGUGUUCCCCACAGCCUCUCCCCCAGGGGAGGACAGAAGGCCCAGUAUGGGGGGCAGUGGGCCUGGGUCGCCCCCACUGAUGUGCCCUGGGGUGGGUGGCAGAGGCCUGUGGGCCUGGGAUGAGCCCCCAGAGCAGGGAAAGUGAGAGCAACCGACAGGCCUGCUCAUGCCUUCCCUCCUCCUCCAGCACCCAGACAAUGAACUUCCAGGUGACAGUCCUGGGCCUGGACAAGGCGAAGCUGGACAGUCCCCAAGCCUUCCUGGACCCAGAGGAGGCGGAGGAGGCAGAGGACGGGCAGCUGCUGGAGCCGGAGGCGUGGAGGACCUACGUGGAGCGCCGCAACGUGCUCCGUGAGUUCCUAACCUCAGAACUGAGCCCACACCUGCUCAGGCGCCACCACGCCCGCAUGGAGUUGCUGCAGAGGUGUUCCUACUACAUCGAGAUCCUGCCCAAGCACCUGGCACUGGGCGACCAGAACCCGCUGGUGGUGCCCAACACCAUGUUCCAGCUCAUCGACCCCUGGAAGUUCCAGCGCAUGAAGAAGGUGGGCACGGCGCAGACCAAGAUCCAGCUGCUGCUGCUCAGUGACUUGCUGGAGCAGCUGGACCAUGGCCGUGCUCAGCUGGAUGCACUGCUGGAGUCCCCUGACCCUCGGCCUUUCUUAGCCGGCUGGGGGCAUGUGGAGCAGCGGCUGGCAGACCUAUCAGCUGUCAUGGACAACUUCCUGGCCAUGAUGGUGCCAGGGCGGCUGCACAUCAAGCACCGCCUGGUGUCGGACAUCGGAGCCACCAAAGUCCCACAUAUCCGGCUCAUGCUGAGCACCAAGAUGCCUGUCAUGUUCGACCGCAAAGAAUCGGUGGCCCACCAGGACUGGGUCAGCCUGCGCUGGUUUGUCACCAUCCAACCGGCUUCACCUGAGCAAUUCGAGCUGCGCUUCAAGCUGCUGGAGCCACGGACCCAGCAGGAGUGCACACAGUGUGGCCUCAUCCCUGUGGCCGCCUGCACCUUUGAUGUCCGAAACCUGCUGCCCAACCGUGCUUACAAGUUCACCAUCAAGAGGGCCGAGAGCUACACGCUGGUGUAUGAGCCCUGGCGGGACAGCCUCACCCUGCACACUAAGCCGGGGCCCCAAGAAGAAGCCCGCCCCCCACCAGCAGGGCCCGCUCGGCCUACCCCUAACCGCACCUUCUGACAGAUGAUUUUCUAGUAUUUAUCCACUAAUAAAGAGGAAUAUA